AAUAGUUAUCUUCCCUCUCUCGUUCGGUUUAUGAGAGAGAUAAGAUUUGCAUCUAAAGCGAAGCUUUGCUCUUCUUCUCUCUCGUCCUCAAUGCUUACAUUUCAAUCAUCCUCUUCCUCUUGAUUGACUUCGUCUCUUCGCUGCGAGAGAUAGACAAGAAUCAACCUUUAGAGGAAGCAAGGACUUACCCACAAGUUUCUCUAUCCAUCCAUCUCUCAUGGACACUGCCUUCCCCUCAGAAACUGGUUGUGCCCUUUUGCCCGAGAAGGGAUUCACAGUGGAUCCUUUUUUGGUCGAGGCUCUUCAGAAUCCUCGACAUCGUCUGACGAUUUUGCGGAUGGAACUUGAUGUUCAGAUGUUCUUAAAGGACCCUGAUCAGCAGCAAUUCGAGUUCCAGCAUUUCCCGACAUCAUAUCUCCGUCUUGCAGCCCAUCGCGUUGCUAACCACUAUGGACUAGUUACCUCAGUUCGAGAUGGUAACGUGAGCAGGAUUCUCGUGACUAAAUCAACUGAGAGUAGAUUUCCUGCUGUUCGACUAUCUGAAAUCCCGGCUAAACAAUCAGAAACUGGCAAGUUUGAGCACAUGAAAAUUGCUAUUAAGCCCCGGCCUUCGAAAGGAUCUGGAAUGGAAUCUGGUGAUCUUGAAAAGAAAGCUGGUCAUCUGAGAAGUGUUGAAGAAAGGAAAGAAGAUUACGACAGGGCACGAGAACGUAUAUUUAACGGUCUAGCGAGCCUUAAUUGUAACGAUUCUCCAUCUGAAACUAAUCCUUGGAGGGUGAAUUGUAAUCCUCUCAGAGAUGAAAAUCAAGUGUUGAAGAAUGGUAACAUCGAGGCAGAGAAAAAUCAUUUCCCCAGGGAGAGCAUUCCUGCAUCUCGUAUUGCAAUUCUCAGGGACAGAGAAAAAGACCGGUAUGACCCGGACUAUGACCGCAGCUAUCAAAGGUACAUUAGGAACCUCCCAAUCAACCAAAAUAUCUGCUUGCCACACUUCAACAUUCAUGACAUAGGGACACCAUUCUAUGAUAUGGGAUUUAACGGGUAUUGUCAAAACCCAAGUGUUCCUACAGCUCUUAACUUCGGUCAACAUACUGUCAUGAGCCCCUAUGUCACCACGGGUUCAAACCAGCCUUCGGUGGAUGCUACUGCUAUGUACAUGCAAUGGCCAAAUGCAGCAGCGGUGAUGUAUACUCAUUCCUAUGAGCACUUCAGAAACUCCCCUUUUCAGGGCCAGUUCUACCCGCAACCCCUUAGCUUUGAUUACAUGCAGCACCGGUGAUUGCUUUUUUUCGUCAUGGCUUGAGGAUUUGUGUAAUCCAAAUUUUGAAACUAUUUAUAUGUCGAAAAUAGUACAAACAGAACCUUUUGAAUAUUGCCUUGUCUUCUUAUUAUUAUUAAAACUGUGUUAUGCUUCA